ACACACUAGCUGCUUCGAAUAUCCAGCACAAAAAUUAUAACCGGAAAGCGUCUCACCGGAAAAUUCCCAAGAUGUCGUGGCAAACAUAUGUCGACGAUCACUUGAUGUGCGAGAUUGAGGGCAACAAACUACAAUCUGCCGCUAUCAUCGGUCACGACGGUUCCGUCUGGGCCCAGAGCGACAAGUUUCCACAGUUCAAACCAGAAGAAAUUACUGCCAUCAUGAAUGAUUUUAAGGAACCUGGCUCUCUUGCUCCAACUGGAUUGCUCCUAGGUGGCUCAAAAUAUAUGGUGAUUCAAGGUGAGGCACAUGCUGUUAUUCGAGGAAAAAAGGGUCCUGGUGGUAUAUGUAUCAAAAAGACAGGACAGUCCAUACUCAUUGGGAUAUAUGAUGAGCCAAUGACCCCAGGCCAGUGCAACAUGGUUGUUGAAAAGAUUGGCGAUUACUUGCUCGAACAGGGUUUUUAGCUAUUCAGGCAGUGGUAUUUUCACCUAAAGUGUCAAAGCGUAAGGUUUCUUGUUCUGGUGGCACGUAGCGAACUAGUGGUAAAUGCAGUUUAUGCCCCCCUCCGGUUUCAACAGCAUUAUCUUUGUGCCUUUUACCCUUCGACUCAAUGUUUCUGUUUGAGGAUGUGUGAUGAAUGUUAUGAUUUUGUCUCUUUUUGUUGGAUGGUUUUGUCUCUUUUUGUUGGAUGUGUGAUGAACGUUAUGGUUUUGACUCUUUUUUCUCUGGUAUUGGAUGCCUGAUUUGAAGGCUGUGCUUUAAAAUGUGAUGUUGUAUAAUGUAAUUUUCACAGUGAUUUGUAACUUAUGAAAACGUUAUGGGAGAUUGCGAGGUAGCUUGGCAAAGAGAAAUCAAAUAUUCCCACAUCCUUGAAAUUUGUCAUUUGAUCUGCACAUAGAAUAAUAAAACAAUAACUUUGUGGU